AUGGGGCAGCUUGCCGUUCCGGCUGAGCAGCUUGGCUCGGGGGCUGCCUCCUCCACUGAACAGCUUCCAAAAGUUUUGAGAGACAUCCUCACAAAGGCCCGGACCUCAUGGCUGCGCAAUCAGGAAGUGGUGGACCUGCUAACAAAUUAUAGGUCCUACCGCUUCCGUGUCAGCAAGGAGCCCCCACAGAAGCCUCCAGGUGGCUCGUUGUUUCUCUUCAAUCGGAAGACGGUUCGCUUCUUUAGAAAGGAUGGCCAUGACUGGAGGAAGAAGUCGGACGGGAAGACUGUGAGGGAAACGCACGAGAAGCUCAAGGUGGGGAACAAGGAGAUUCUCAAUUGCUACUAUGCGCAUGCAGAGGAUGCGUUGCAGCGGCGAUGCUACUGGCUGCUGGAUGGAGAUGACAAUGUGGUCUUGGUGCACUACCUGUCCUCUAACCCCCAUGCAAAUUGUGUCCUGCGCUCGCCCUCGCUCAAUGGCAACCCCUCCUUCAGUGGUGCAAUGCCGCUCAAUGCCCUGGAAGGGCCCCCCAGCUAUCCCCAGGUCGGUACCAGCACAGCCUGGGAUGCCGCGCCAGCAAGCGGCAUGUCCCGCACAAACUCGGUGCCCGAGAACUUUGGCAGCAGCAGCAAUGGCGCAGCUGGACAGCAACCCGCUGCGCUGCCAACGAUGUUCACUGUGACCACUGGGGAUGUCAUCACAAGAACAGCUUCUGGUGAAGGAGCUGUUGCUCUGGAACUUCCACAAUUGCCAGCGCUGCGCUUGGAAUUCAAGGGGACCUCACCCAGCAGCGGCCCGGCGGACGCUACACUGCGCCCAGCAUGCGCUCUCCAGUCCCAGGACAUCGCCCGGUCCCUGGCACACAGCGGCUCAACAGGGCGCCUAUCGCGCGACACCUCUAGUACUCUUGCAGGCGGCCUGCAGCGCCGCGAUCCGAGCCUCAAGCUUGGCCUGGGACUCUAG